UGUGUCACUUGCCGUUCGUCAACAAAACUCGGGGAAUACCGCUGUCAGGAUUGCUUGGGAGGAUGCAUGAUGUGCAAAGACUGCAUGGUCGCCGCUCAUGGCAAGCUCCCGCUCCAUAACAUUGAGCGCUGGGAUCACGAUUGCUUCUGGCCGACUUCACUUCGAGAGUUGGGGCUUGAAGUCUGGCUAGGUCACUCUUUUGGCGAGGCGUGCGGUGGGACUCACCCGGCGCACAAGUCAUUCCUCGUCUUCGACAUUAAUGGCUAUCAUUCAGUCGACAUUCGAUUCUGCGUGUGCUCAUAUAUCCCGCCUUGGAAGCAACUGUUCGAUGUCGGAUGGUAUCCGGCCUCUAGUCAACAGCCCCGCACGGCGUUUACGUUUUCUUUUCUCGACACAUAUCACCGCAUCACGCUCCAGGGCAAGAUUUCACUUUACGACUACUACUUAUCGGUCGUACACAAAACAGACAAUGCUGGAAUACGCGAUCUCAUAUCACGAUACCAUGAGGCGACAUUAGCCACGAGGCAAUGGUCACAUCUCAUGUCUCUCAAGCGAGCAGCUCGUGGACAUGAUCCGUCUGGUAUACGUGAGACGCCCAACGGCGCCCUCACCGUCGCAUGCCCCGCAUGUCCUCAACCAGGUUGGAACAUUCCAGACGACUGGUACACAUGUCCCGAGGAACAAAGAUGGAUCUAUACGUUAUUCCUCGCACUCGAUGCUUGCUUCCGCCUGAAGAAUAAGGAUAGAAAAAUCAAAGAUCCGGAAUUGGGAAGCGGCUGGGGAUACUGUGUAGCGGAAGAGCCAUACAAGCAGCACCUCAAGUCAUACGUAGAGGUCGAGGAGACGACCAUCCCCUGCGACUCGACGUUCAACGCGAUCAGGCACAUGAACUCGAUCAACUCCAAGCCCGGUGUCAUGUCCGUGAGCGGCGUCGGGGCCGUUAAAUGCGCAAGACAUGCGUUCGUCAGAUGCAACGGGGUCGCUGACUUACAGAAAGGCGAGAAGUACGUGUCUAUGGACUACAUCCUGUGGUCAACUCUUCUUCUCGUCGGUUGCAUACUUCCGAUUGCUAUCAGUUAUGACAUCACGUGUCAAUGGAAGCAGAAUCUCUGGAAACGUCACGCCUCUCUUCCUGCUACCUUCGCGUCACUUACAACACUUGGGAUACGGUUUUUCAUUCCGAGUAUGCAUAUCCGCGAUCACAAACUAAAGUGCCAGACCGAUUAUAAUUUCCUUCUUCACGAAUAUACGGGCCUCACGCAUGGAGAGACGAUCGAGCAGGAGUGGGCGCAUAUUGGAGGUGUCUCGACCAUUACGCGGGACAUGGGCCCCGGUGCGCGUCACCACACGCUCAACGACCAUUGGGGCUUCUGGAACUUCAGGAAAACCGUCGGUUUGGGCGUGUUUCUGUAUAAGGCCUUAAUCUCCGUGAUGCAUGAGUGUACCCGACACCAACGAAUCUACGAAGAGUACACUGCGCGGUUCAGUCCUGCUCUUGUUCGCCAGUGGGAAGAUAUGAUACACAACUGGGAGCUUGAUCACAACAAGCCAAAUCCAUACGACGAGCCCGAACACGCUAUCAAUGUCAGUCAGCUGCGGAAAGCGUUCGCAGACAAAGACGCGCUAGAAGCCAGUCAGGGAAUUGCUACGCUUCAUCCGACGUCCACGAAUGUGUUCAUUCGGCAAGGUUUCUAUCUACGCAAUCAGCAAUGGAACAUCCGUUAUCAGGCAAAGCAAUUGAAGGUGAACCCUACCGAGAACGCGAUGUCUACGUUACAAGAGCGACACACCGCGCUCCAUCGGAGCAUUCAGAGCUGGUACGAGGUUCAGAAUUCCUACAUGCCAGUGGCUAUCACGCGUCGUUCUCCACCGCUUGCGGAAAAUGACGAAGAGUCCGGCGCGACUCGAGCCGAAAAUAUGUUGCUACUGAUGCCGUCAGACAUUGACACUCUUGAGCUUCGCAAUACCGGGUGCGUCGGCGACGUUGUCGACAAGGAGAGACAGUACGCCACAGCAAGAAUGAAGGAUGGCUUGGUCAACGUCCGGCACUUUCUUUGCGUCAGAACUGCCGCACGCCGUAAAAUGAAGCAUUCGCUGGGUGGUAUGGAAGCUCGGGCAUGGACGCGGUCCAGAACGCUUCUCGAGUCAGUAUCGAAGAAGCUACAGCAAGCUGUCAACGUCUACCGGACAUCGCACGCGGCCGUCAAGACUCUGGAUCCAACAGGUGAUUGGACGAAGUACUAUCGCCACCUGUCUGACGAUGAUGUCCGCGGGCCCUUCCGCGACGACCAAUCAGACGAAGCGGAACGUAGGAGGACACCGUCAUGGAUCUGGACCGUGCCUGGCACCGAACGGAGGUCUGCGGAAGCUGAUGACCGUGACGCUGAUGAACAUAUGCGCAGCGAAUGGGCGAGGCAAAGGGCGCGAUCGCGAAGAUGUACGGAGGAGGUCGUAUUGCUCGUAGAGGAGAUGAGACGUGUGUUAACAUAUCUCCGGGCGAAGGCGUCCUGGUGGGAGGAACGGCGGGACCUGCGAAUGACAGAGCAUUGCGUUAUGCGCGGACUCGAUGCUUACGCAUGCCGUCAAUCCCGCAUACUUACUAAGCUUGGCACAGUGUUUGCAUCGCAGUGGCUACCAUUACUCAAGAUAUCCAACCUUGGAGCCGAGUGGAUACCACAAUUC